AUGCCUGGAUUAUAUGAAAAGCUGAUUUUGGUGGUGGCAGCGUCAUUUCUGGCUGUCUUGGCCGUGGUGAGAUCAUCCCCAGUGGUGGGGCCGGAGCCUAUCCGCUGUGCCCCCUGCACACAAGAGAAACUGAACAACUGUCCUGCCAUCCCGGCAGACUGCCAGCAGGUGCUGAGGGAGCCUGGCUGUGGCUGCUGCAUGGCCUGCGCUCUGGAGAAAGGAGCAUCCUGUGGGGUUCACACAGCCCACUGUGGCGAGGGUCUCCGCUGCAAUCCCAGGCCUGGGGAGGCCAGGCCACUCCAUGCUCUGACCAGAGGACAGGGGGUCUGCACUGAAGAUCUGGGUCAAGGUAAGGAAGCUGAUGGAGUAUCUGACCAAGGCUCCAUGCAGUACCUGUUUGGUCUCAAUGUUCCUUUUGACCACCAAGAUGGUGCGGAUGGCCAAGAGAGUAUCAAGGCCAAACUCAAUGCCAUCCUCAACAAACUGGUACAACAGGGUCCCUGUCACAUUGAUCUUCAUGCAGCACUGGACAUGAUAACCAGGUCUCAGCAGAAACUGGGAGAGAGGUUUACAACUUUCUACCUCCCCAACUGUGACAAGCACGGCUUCUACAAGGCCAAGCAGUGUGAAUCAUCUCUGGUUGGACCACCCGCCCGCUGCUGGUGUGUCUCUUCCUGGAAUGGGAAGAAGAUCCCUGGAUCGAGUGACCUCCUCGGUGACUCAGAGUGUCAUCAAGAAGUCACUCACUGA